AUGGCUCCCUUCUACAAGACGGCAGCAACAGUUUGUAUCGUCGCCCUCUGCGGGCUCCAAUCGGAGGCAGCAGACGGUAAAAAAUACAAAUUUACGUCAGAAGAUGUAACUGAAGAAGCAUACUUGGCGGCCAACUUGGUCCGCAAUGGAAAUCUCCCAGUUCAUAUUAGCGAAGUCUCAAAGGACGACACCCUUGUUACUUCCUUGAAGCAAAAUGUAGAAGCCAAAGAAGCAUCCACUGACGGAACCUGCGAGACGUUGAUAGAAGGCGAUCUUAAGGAAGGAUUUCACCACAUUUUCGAGUACGAUGUCGAGACAAAAGCCACUCAUGACUACCGUCAAUUGCUGCAGGAAGCCCUUGACAAGGGAUUGGCAGUCUUCACGUAA